CCAUCACUUGACAAUAUGCAUGCUAUUGCCAAUGCAUUUAUCAAUCCUAGCGGCGCAAGAAAGGAUGGACUGAAGUUUGAAGAUGUUCUUUACGAGUGUGUUAGAGCUGACAAGUUUUCUUUGUACGGGAAGCAUGAAAGUUCAGGAAUAGUGGUUGUCAAGACUGCAACUUUGUUUGUUGUUGGAUUGUAUUCUCCUGAGAUGAGCCCAAGUAUUUGUGUUGAAGCUGUUGAAAAACUGGCUGAUUACUUCAGAGAAAAGGCCAAAUAAAACAAUAUUAAGAAAAAAAGAAAAACGAAACAAGUAAACAAUUUGAUCAUUUAUGGAAAAUAUUUUAUUGUUAACAUAUUUUCAUUGCUACUGUUCUUCUGUUGUUUUUGUACAUCAAUAAAGUUGAUAUAAUAAACA